UCCCUCUUCGGUGCUAUCCUCUCUUCAAACAUUUUCAGUAGAAGGCGUCUUAAUAAACGCCUUCGUCUUAAUUUACUUUCGUUUCUUCUUCUUUCAAAUCUCUCAAACGGUUUCGUUUUCUUCUCAAUUAGCGAAAAUGAGAGAGUGCAUUUCAAUCCACAUUGGUCAGGCCGGUAUCCAGGUCGGUAAUGCCUGCUGGGAACUAUACUGCCUCGAGCACGGUAUCCAGCCUGAUGGCCAAAUGCCAAGUGAUAAGACUGUCGGAGGAGGUGAUGAUGCUUUCAACACCUUUUUCAGUGAAACUGGUGCAGGGAAGCACGUGCCUCGUGCCGUCUUUGUUGAUCUUGAGCCCACUGUCAUUGAUGAAGUGAGGACUGGUACUUACCGCCAGCUCUUCCACCCCGAACAGCUCAUCAGCGGCAAGGAAGAUGCCGCCAACAACUUUGCCCGUGGCCACUACACAAUUGGUAAGGAGAUUGUUGAUCUCUGCUUGGACCGCAUCAGGAAGCUGGCUGAUAACUGCACUGGUCUUCAGGGCUUCCUUGUGUUCAACGCCGUUGGUGGAGGAACUGGUUCCGGUCUUGGUUCCCUUCUUUUGGAGCGUUUGUCAGUUGACUAUGGAAAGAAGUCCAAGUUGGGUUUCACUGUUUACCCAUCUCCUCAGGUGUCCACAUCCGUCGUUGAGCCUUACAACAGUGUUCUCUCAACUCACUCUCUGUUGGAGCACACUGAUGUGGCUGUUCUUCUUGACAAUGAGGCCAUCUAUGAUAUCUGCAGGCGCUCCCUUGACAUUGAGCGCCCAACUUACACCAACCUUAACCGUCUUGUCUCUCAGGUGAUUUCUUCCUUGACUGCCUCUCUGAGGUUUGAUGGUGCUUUGAAUGUGGAUGUUACUGAGUUCCAGACCAACUUGGUCCCUUACCCAAGAAUCCACUUUAUGCUUUCCUCUUAUGCCCCUGUCAUCUCUGCCGAGAAGGCCUACCAUGAACAACUCUCAGUUGCUGAAAUCACCAAUAGUGCAUUUGAGCCCUCGUCUAUGAUGGCCAAGUGUGACCCUCGCCAUGGCAAGUAUAUGGCUUGCUGCCUCAUGUACCGUGGUGAUGUUGUGCCCAAGGAUGUCAAUGCCGCUGUUGCUACCAUCAAGACCAAGCGUACCAUUCAGUUUGUUGACUGGUGCCCAACUGGAUUCAAGUGUGGUAUCAACUACCAGCCACCAACUGUUGUUCCUGGAGGUGAUCUUGCCAAGGUGCAGAGGGCAGUUUGCAUGAUCUCCAACUCCACUAGUGUUGCUGAAGUGUUCUCUCGCAUUGACCACAAGUUUGAUCUCAUGUAUGCUAAGCGUGCCUUUGUCCACUGGUAUGUGGGUGAGGGUAUGGAGGAAGGAGAGUUCUCAGAGGCUCGUGAGGAUCUUGCUGCCCUUGAGAAGGAUUAAGAGGAGGUUGGUGCUGAGUCAGCUGAGGGCGAGGAUGAUGAUGGCGAUGAGUACUAAGAGAUCCAAGUGCCUGCAAUAAUAUCUGAAUGCUAUUUUGAUAUCUGUGUUUUUGUAUGGUCUUGUGCCCUGUGUUGUAUUUGUUCUAUGAAAAAACUUGCGCUUGUAUGAGUUUUGAUUCUUACUCGUUUCAAAGCUGUUUUAAUUUAGUUUGAAAAAUUAAAAAUCUAUGCUAUCGCUAUGUUAGUGUAAAGUUGUGCCGAGUUCUUUCAUGCUAGAGUAGAUGGUUUGUCCUUCAAUUGUUGGGUUGCCGAAACCAUUUGCUUAAGCACAAACUUUUCACACCUUAGAAUACUUGGCCUGAAUGUUGUGUAUUGGGCCUAUAAAAUAUGCUUCAGGGUGGACUGCA